AUGAGGAUCGUAGCCGGCGGCGGGGCGGGAGGCGACGCGCCAGAACUCCGUCUGAUCCUGGUGGGCAAAUCCGGCGGCGGGAAAAGUGCCACAGGCAACACCCUCCUCGGCCGUAAGGAGUUCGAGUCCUUCGUGGAAGCCAAGACGACCACCCUGCAUUGCCGUAAAGCGGAAGCGACCUGGCGGGGGAGGAAGAUAGCGGUGAUCGACACGCCGGGCCUUUUCGACCAGGAAGUCUACGAUGAGAUUGCGCGGCGGGAGAUCCUGGCUUGCGUGGAGCUUUCCCAUCCCGGCCCUCACGCCUUGCUUUUCGUGACCCAAGUGGGUCGCUUCACCGCCGAGGACGCACUCUCCGCCCGCUGCGUCCGGGAUAUCUUCGGCGCCGAGUCCGCCGAGCACACCAUCGUCGUCUUCACCUGCGUGGAGGAUUUAGACGGCAGCCCGUUGGAGGAGUACGUCCAAAAAUCGGACAACCGCAACCUGCGAGAAGUGAUCCGGCGGUGCGGGAACCGCGUCUGCGGGGUCAACAACCGGGCCGAGGGCGCCGAGCGAGAGAGUCAAGUCGCCGAGCUGAUGGGGAUGGUGCGGAGCACCGUGGCAGCGAACGGAGGCCGAUACUACACCAACCGGUUGUACCGUGUGUCCGACGUCUCGGACGAGAACGUCCGGGCGUUCCUGACGGAGAACCAAGCGGUCCGAGAACGGGAAGGCCGGAGAUCCUGGAGCCGUGGGGAAAUCCUGACCGUCGUCUUGUCGAUUCUCGUGGUGAUGGGCCUCGUGGUCGUGAUUGUUCUCUUGGUCCGCUUUUCGUGAGGCGGGGUGGGGGUGGAGGAGUUUCCCCUGCUCCCCUCUGCGACCGUCAGGGUUUGGACGCCGACGGACGCAGAGAUCGACGGAUACGUUAGACGUCCGAAACAAGAGCA